CAAAUUUGUUAUUACAUCUACACCUGAAAUAAUAUGUAAAAAUAUAAUAUAAUAUGAUGCUGGCAUGCUGCGAAUAUAAGAAACAGAUCAGUGAGAUAGAGCCAAACGCAUAUAAACAAAUCGUUUAAAAUGGUUAGAAUUUAUUUGAGGGUCUAGAUCGAUUAAAAUGUUUCCUUUAGUUUUUUCCUAUUGGUAGGUUGUAAUUACAUUCUCUAUUCUAUAAGUGUGGAGGAUAUUUUAGUAAAUCAAGGAAUACCAAAAAUACAUUUACUAAAAUAACCACAAUUCUUUACUUGUAUAUAUAUAUACUAGUCUUAUGUGAUAUAAAAAAAUCAGAUUUUUGUUAUUAUAUUUAAACCUGAAAUAACUUAUAAAUGCAAUGAAUGUGAAUAUAAGAAACAUAUAAGUUAGAUAGAACCGAACGCGCUUUAACGACUUCUUUACAAUCGCUUAAGCUCAACUUCGAGCUUUAGUUGUUUACAUGUUCAAUCCUUGUUUGUUUUAUAGCUUAAGCGAAGUUUUUGGAUAGGGACUCAGUGUUCUCAUCUAGACCACAUGCUUUCUUUGGUAGACAUAUGAUUAUCAAAUCUUGGUUUGCUAGCUUCAAUUUCCAAAAGCACAUCGAUUAAAAUGGUCUACCAAGGUCUUGAUGUCGGGUCAGCAAAGCCCUCACCUAGCGAUAGAAAGGAGGUACCUCAUCAUUUGUUGGACAUAUUGCACCCAUCUGAAGAAUAUUCUGUUGGUCAAUUUUAUGACGAUGCAAGACAAGCAACAAGAGACAUUCUUAAGAAGGGCCGUGUUCCUAUAGUUACUGGAGGAACUGGUUUGUAUUUGCGUUGGUUCAUAUAUGGCAAGCCUCAUGCUCCAAAAGCAUCUCCCGAUAUUGCGACUCAAGUGUAUGCAGAGCUUGAAAAUUAUCAAUUUAGUGGAGAUUGGGAUGCAGCUGUAAAGUUGGUUUUUGAAGCAGGGGACCCGAACACCCAGUCUAUCCCAACAAACAAUUGGUAUCGCCUACGGCGUAGCCUUGAGAUUAUUAAGUCUAGUGGAUGUCCUCCAUCAGCCUUCCAAUUACCGUAUAAUUCAUUUAAAGAACAACUCAAUUUAGCUGCAACAGAUGAUUAUCAAAACAUGGAUGGAGUGCAAGGGAGCCAAUUGAAAGAUCUGGAUUAUAAUUACGUUUGCUUUUUCCUUACAAGCCCCCGGCGAGAUUUGUAUAGAUCAAUUGAUUUACGGUGUGAAGAUAUGCUUUCAGGUAGUGACGGGAUUCUGGCGGAGGCCAAAUGGCUUCUAGACAUAGGCUUUCUUCCCAAUUCAAAUCCUUCUACGCGAUCUAUUGGUUACCGGCAGGGCAUGGAGUAUCUCUUGAGAUGCAGAGAACAAGGCGGUCAAAGCUCUGCAGAGGAGUUCUUUUCAUUUCUUUUUGAAUUUCAGAAAGCGUCCAGGAAUUUUGCAAAACGGCAAAUGACAUGGUUUCGUAAUGACCCAAUUUAUAAUUGGCUAGAUGCUUCUAAACCCUUGGAGAAGGUAUUGGACUUCAUUCAUGAUGCAUACCAUGAUCAAACCACAACUUUGGUUGUACCAGAAUCGCUAAGGAUGAAGAAAGAUGUAGCCAACCGCCAAGAGCUCAAGGAACUUCAGACCUACAUGACCAAAAAUAGGUAUUUUGUUACACACGAAGAUUGUGCUGAUAUUCUGACAUGGAUAGAAACUGAAGGUAAUAUAGCAGAAAGACUUCCUAUUGGUGAAUGCAGCACACUAUGAGGAGUUAGCAUUCAGGAAGAAUCUUAGUGCCUUCUAGGAAUUAGCACAGGUGUUUGAUCCUUGUCUUACGCUUGCGUCUGCUGACUAAUCUCCCUAACAGAACAUUCUUGUGUAAAUAUUUACCUGUCCGCGUUACAAGAGCUAUGGAAACUGAGAGAGACGAGCUUUGGUGAAAUAUUUCCUUUCCCUCUUUUCACGUUUUGCUGGUGAAAAUCAGUAAUACAAAACAAUUGAAAGUUGCCAUCUACCCUUGUAACAUUAUAUGAUCAUUUAUCAAGUAAUUUUUUGCAGAAUGUGUACAGUUGGACAGAAAAAUUUAUUGGCAAAA